UGACCGAGCAUCGAGCACCAGGAUGAAGACAUCCAUCUUCUUCAGUCUUUUGGCAGCUGCUCUCGUCAACGCAUCUGCCCUCUCCUUCAGAGGCUUCCCUCAAAGGGUGAAGGAGAGCACCUCCGCUCCUUCAACUGGAUGGGUCAAGCAUUCAGCCGCACACCCGGAGACUAUGCUUCAGCUCCAGAUCUCGCUUACUCAGCCCCGCUUUGGCGAACUCGAGCAACACCUUCUAGAGAUAAGCGACCCAUCUCACGAGCGCUAUGGUGUACAUCUGUCGAAGGAGGAGGUGCACGAGCUCAUGGCGCCUCACGUUGACACGCACGGGAUUGUCGCUGAGUGGCUGGCUGUACAUGGGGUCGAUCAGGCGGAGGUCAAGCACUCUGCAGCGGGUGAUUGGAUGACGGUUCGCGUCCCUGUGCGCCUCGCAGAGUCCAUGUUCGACACGGACUUGCAUCUCUACAAGCACGCUGAGUCUGGAGACAGUCUCAUCCGCACGCUGGAAUAUAGUCUCCCGGAGAUCCUUCACGACCACAUCGACCUCGUCCAUCCUCUCACCAUGCAUGCGCCCUCUCCGCGUACAGACAUGAAGAAGCGCUCGGUCAACGCUGCCCACGAAAGACGUUCUCUGAACUUGAUCAAUUCACGAGCAAACAGCACCGGAUCCAUCGAUCCCUCAUGCGAAUAUCAGAUCACCCCUAGCUGUCUUCGUCAGCUCUACAAUAUCGGCAACUACACGCCGUCGGCGUCAAACGGCAACGCCAUCGCGGUCACGGGCUUCACUGAUGAGUGGGCGAACCUCGUCGAUUGGGACAAUUUCCUGCAAGCGCAAGUACCGUCGGCUGUCGGCUCUAACUUUUCCGUCGUAUCUAUCACUGGCGGGACGAACAACCAGACAGAUCCCGGUGCAGAGGCCAAUCUGGACGUCCAGUACGCGUUUGGUCUUACACGUCCGAUGCCUGCGACGUUCUACACCAUCGGUGAGUUUCCAGGUGACCCUCCUAAUGUCAACUGGACCUUCGGGACUGGAACGCUGGACGUACGUUUCGUCGACUUUGUCCUGAACCAAACCAACCCGCCUCAAGUUAUUUCGACGAGUUACGGAGAGAGCGAGCUUUCUAACUCGCUUACGCUUUCAAACAAGGUCUGUCAGAACUUCGCUGCGUUGGGGGCACGUGGUGUCUCUGUCAUAUACUCGUCCGGUGAUUACGGGGUCGGUUACAGCAACGGCACUGUCGUGCCCUUCGACCCUCAGUUCCCCGCUAGCUGCCCUUAUGUCACGUCCGUCGGCAUGACGUACCAUAUUCCUGAGGUUGCGGGGAUCGACGGAGUCUACUCUAGUAGCGGAGGGUUCAGUAACAUCUAUCCUCGUCCUGCGUACCAAAACCAAGCAGUUCAAGACUAUCUCGCGUACCUCGGAGACGAGUAUACUGGGCUGUACAACUCGAGUGGACGCGGGUACCCAGACGUUUCAGCCCAGGGCGUCAACUUCUUCAUCGAGAACUAUGGCCGCGCCCAGAACGACACCGGCACGUCGUGCGCCGCACCCACGUUCGCGGCUAUCAUCGCACUUCUCAAUGACGCCCGAGCACAGGCAGGCAAGGGCCCGCUCGGGUUCCUGAACCCAUGGCUGUACUCUACUGGCUUUGCCGGCUUGAACGAUAUCACGGAGGGGAGUAAUCCUGGGUGUGGGACCAACGGGUUCAAUGCUACGAAAGGAUGGGACCCUGUUACGGGUCUCGGAACACCCGACUUUGGUAAGCUCAAGCAACUCGCUCUGGCAUGAGGACGCAGUUUGUGCCCGUCUCUGUAUUUCUCUUCGGUUUGGGAAGUUGUAUACACCACUUUACCGUGUAGGGACAGCGCGCGAUUCUUCUUGUCAGCUCUUCAUGUCUGCAAUAAAACUCUGAACCCGGUGAACACGA